GCGGAGGCUGGGGCAGACGCCUCGCCGCCGCUGCCUCGGCGAAUAGCAGUGCGCUGUCCGCCCGGAUUGGAGCAGCAGCAUCACGCUGACCUCUGCCUGGGAUGUAAACCGAGGCGGCCGCAGCCAGCAGAGGAAGGCUCUCGGCUCCUCCGGGAAAGCCAGCUCCAGCACCGGGAUCCAAGCGGUGCGCAGGGAGCCGCGUCAGCCUCGACCUGGGCAGCGCCCAGCGGAGGCUGCAGGAAGCGGAGGGAGCCCGGCGCGGGCGGGGACCGUGCGUCCGUUCGCACAGGCAGCGGGAGGAGGGGCGGCGCGAGCCAUGGCCGGGGACAGCGAGCAGACCCUACAGAACCACCAGCAGCCCAACGGCGGCGAGCCCUUCCUGAUCGGCGUUAGCGGGGGCACGGCCAGCGGCAAGGAUGGUCAGCAUUAACAAACUGGACCUCCUUUGGAAGCGUCAAGUCUGAACAUUGUGGUACAGGAGGGCCUGGAAGCAAAGUCGAUACUCUACCCCCUGCAUAUUUGCUCUGUGCCUGUUAAAGGAAUUUGGGAGAAGGCAAAGGGCCCAAGGACAUCAACAAAAAAGGACAGUUUUAGAGCUAGAAGGAACCUCAGAGGCCCUGGAGUCCAACACUUCAUCUCAUCACUUACGGAUGAGAAAAAUAAUGAAUUCAGAUCAUAUAUUCGUCCCAGCUAUUGGCCUUGUUUAAGAAGAAUUGACUAAGGCAUGCCCGGAGAACACAAGUUUACACCUUCAACCUGGAAAGGGGCUACUUGGAAAUGGCUACAGAAUGGUUUCAGAGUCUUCCGUUUGUGCUAAGAUUGUGCAGCUCCUGGGACAGAAUGAGGUGGACUAUCGCCAGAAGCAGGUGGUCAUCCUGAGCCAGGAUAGCUUCUACCGUGUCCUCACUUCAGAGCAGAAGGCCAAAGCCUUGAAGGGCCAGUUCAAUUUUGAUCACCCGGAUGCCUUUGACAAUGAACUCAUCUUCAAGACACUCAAAGAAAUCACCGAAGGGAAAACAGUCCAGAUUCCUGUGUAUGACUUUGUCUCCCAUUCCCGGAAGGAGGAGACGGUUACCGUCUACCCUGCGGACGUGGUGCUCUUCGAAGGGAUCCUGGCUUUCUACUCCCAGGAAGUGCGAGACCUGUUCCAGAUGAAGCUUUUCGUGGACACAGAUGCGGACACCCGGCUCUCCCGCAGAGUAUUAAGGGACAUCAGCGAAAGAGGGAGGGACCUUGAGCAGAUUUUAUCUCAGUACAUUACAUUCGUCAAGCCUGCCUUUGAGGAAUUCUGCUUGCCAACAAAGAAAUAUGCUGAUGUGAUCAUUCCUAGAGGUGCAGAUAAUCUAGUGGCCAUCAACCUCAUCGUGCAGCACAUCCAGGACAUCCUGAACGGAGGGAUCUCCAAACGGCAGACCAACGGCUAUCUCAAUGGCUAUACCCCUUCACGCAAGAGGCAGGCCUCGGAGUCCAGCAGCCGGCCGCACUGACCCCCGUCUCCUCAGCCCCUGGCCCCAAUCUCCAAGGGACAGGAGGAGGGGGCAGGAGGCACUGUGCAUCUAUACAUAUGGUUUCCUAUGACAUUGCUGUAUUUAAGAAAACACCAUGGGGAUGAAAUGCCUUUUGUUUUUUUGGUUUUUUUUUUGGUACUUCGGAGCAGCGAAAUGAAACAGAACUUGACCCUGAGCUUAAAUGACAAACUGUGCCAACUACUACUGGUGAUGCCUAAUUAUGACUUCAACGUGUAACCAGUUAUAAAUACAUAUAUAUAUAUAUAGAAAAGGAUCUAUUUUUGUGUAAAUGUACAAAUACUGUACAGCUGUUUGCCGUAAGUAUUCUGCAGGAGGGCCUGUACUUGAGGCUUUUGGGGGCUGGAGCUGGAGUUUCACCAAAGGGAAGUUGCCUGGUGGGUUCCAGGUGGGGCAGGCUCAGGCAUCUGGGAGGGAGGCUCAUGGCUCUCGGCUCUCACUGUCUGUGGGACUCGUUGGAAGUGGAGUUUGGAACUUUUGAUCGCUUCCCUUGCCAGAUGCCACCUUCUUGGUGCUGGAGCUUUAGGAUAAUGUUGAUGAGAGAUACUCUUUUCUUUUCUGUUUUUUUUUUUUUGAGUUGAAAUUAGGCAAGACCUCAACUCAAAAAUCAAACUCAGGGAAGGGGCUCACUGAGGGGAACGAGUCUUCUGCGUUUUCUUCUUGCCCCUGCCCACCUCUGGCUGCUCUGGUAGCUCCACGCUUCCUUCCUGACUCAACCGCUUCUCAGUCUCUCCGAAAGCCAGAGCUGCCUCACUCUCCUUCCCUGGUGGGGAUGUGAUGGGGUCGCUUCCUGAGGGAGUGGGACUAUACCUGUCGUAUCGUCUGAGAUGCUGGUGCUUCCCAGGGAGGUCACCAUGAGAUUCCUUGGGCUGUCCCCCAAGCUGUGGAGUGCACAGUGGACCUUGCAGUCUGGGCUUUGGUUGAGGACCUCUGCUGGCAGCCUGCCCCUCACAGGGUGGCAAGAGAGCUCUGCCGUGUAGGGAGCCUGUAGCUUUUGUUCCCCGAAGCGUGGGGAUUUGCAGCGAGGUGAGGAUAACAGGGACCGUCACUGGCAGCAUCACAGCCACAUUGAUUGACUUAUUUACCAUGCUGCCGUGUCACAUGGCAGCUGCCGGGCAUGAGGGGCGGGGAAGGGGAGUGGCGUUUUUAAGUCACAAGUUGGAGUCUUAGGCUGAAAACGUUUGGGGUGGAGAAUUCCAGCUUUUCUGAGGGCUCCCUCUUGGUGAAAACUUCCUUCUUUGCAAGAAGUACAGAUUCCUGAAGAUUCCUGGUGGGGAGGGGUGGAGGAAGCAGGGGACCAAGCGAGAAGGAAGAGGUGUGAUUAUAGAGGCCUAAAGCGUCACCUUUUAACUGCAGAAGAGCCAGAACCUUGUCACCUCAGUGUGGACCAUCUCAGUGCUCGGUAGGCUAUGCCCUUAGUUAUUCCCUUGUGACUGCCACAGCCUGAAACAUUCUGGGGAACCCUUCUCCUUCCAUUGCUUUCAUAGACCCUUGAGCCAUUCAGAUAAACUGAUGCAGUUAACUCUAGUCACACGGAAGCAAACAGCACCAUGCGGUUUGCUUCCCCUUUUCUGGACUCCAUUUGACUCUUAACUCUGUUGGACUGUGUCAGAAAGUCAAACCUAAUCCCCAGCAGGGCUCUGCCACCCCUGAGACCUUCAGGAGACUGUGCUGCAGGCUCUGAGGGAGCCCCCCAAGGGCAGCAGCUGCCUGGUUGGAGAAGGGGAGGCUCCCGGGGUGCCUGCUCUGAAGGCUGGUACCUGGCGGGAUGGCCAAGCUCCGGAGUGCGUGUUUCCGAGUCAGUAUUGGUUAUCUUUCCAGUCAUGCCUUGUGCGGUUCUGAGAUGAAGGGUAGAUGGCAGGCCUGGAUUAGGAUCCUGAGGACCCAAGGGUCUCCUGCCUUGUUGGGUGGGGCCUGUCUGUGCUCAGGGGAAGCCCGUCCCUGUCUGGGAGAGCCUCGGCCCUUCGAUGGUAGCAUGGUCAACUUUACUUGAAGCUCCCAGGUGCCAAACCAUUCAGUGCCUUGGCUGUCUAUCCCACUGCCUCGGAAGAUGGAUUCUUCUCAUCUCUGAGCCUUGACUCACUUAGCCGCUUCCUCAUCUACUCACGGUGUUGGGACCAAGCCUCCAGUGUCUCCGAGAAGCCCUGUCCUCGCUGGAAGCAGCCCUAGGGCUGCACUGCCUCUGGGUAAAACCAUCACCAAUUCUUGGUGUCUUGGUUGGGGGCUCACUGGGCCGUGCUGACGACUCCUCUGGUUCUGUGACAUAGUACGUCUGGGGCAAGGAGGGGACAGGAAGCUCUGCCUUUGUGUGGUGACCCCAGCGUUUAGCCAACUGAGUAUCUGAAUUUGAGCUUUCUAUGUGGCAAAUCCCGGACUUGGUAUUUUAAGAGUCACUGGAUCUCUGAUUCCACUGGAGAGUCAGAUAGAGUCAUUAGGCCAGAAAUCAUGACGUGAGUCAUCUGGGUACUCUUUGCUGCCUGGGGAGGCGAUAUGGAUGAGCAGAGUGGGGCAGUGUUGGUCGUGUGUACAUAGGAGUCCCCUGGCUUCAGACGUACCCGGUGGUGCUUGCUUCUCCCAGCUGCGCAGGUGUUGUCCGAGGACCAUGUGUUUAGGGAACAGGCAUUGUGUCGUGGGAAGGCCUGGUCCCGUGCUCCUUCACCCCAGUGGAGCUUCUGCUGCCCUGGGUUUCUUGUUCUUGGGCAGCCUGAGACCAAUAGGAGCAGAGAGAUGGCAGUGUGUGUAUGGAAGAUGCAGUGUUGUGACCUCAGGUGUCCUUUGAUUUGGAAUGGUUAGGGUAGACCCUCAAAGAGGCAGUGGUCUCUGAAGAACAGGCUGGGGAGGGUGGCAGGGAAAGGUCUCCGGUUCACCCUUCAGAACCUGUUGUCUCUGCAGCAACCCACUGUGGUCUUGGCUGCUGGGCAGUCAAGGACACUGGCUUCUUGCCUCUCCUGGGCUGGCUUGGACACUUGUCUCUGUGCCCAGGGUGGGUUGCCAGUCUCAUGAGGCCACUAGGUCAGGCUAAGGCUUGUGUGCGGGAGGGACUGGAGCCCAGCUCGUUUGUGUAUCACCUCCUUUGCUGCCCUUGUGUGGCUUCCCUGAUUUAACAUCCUUGACCUGCACUAGGGCCCGAGGCUAUGGGAGGGAAGUAGUAGCCUCUUGCAGGGAAGUGUUUUCCUCUGCCCUGGAGUCUCCCACCUGCCUGUCCACAACCGUGUGGGUGAGGCAGGCUAGGGAGGUUCUGGGUCCCAGGGCUGGGCUUCUGAGAAGGGCUGACUGGACCUCUCUGCCACUCCUCCCCUUCACCCUGACCUCAGGGUGGAGUGGGGAAAGUCUCGGUGUCCGAGCAAACGAGAGGGAGAGCAGGCUGGGGAAACCAUCGAGGUGAGCCUGGAGCUGAGUCCCCUCUGAUCUUGGUCUCUGGGCCUUCUGCGGCCCUCCUGGGACAGGGGGCUGGUUACAGGUCAGCAUCCGGCCACCCUUAGAGGCAGUGAGUGCCUAGCCAGUCCUGCCUUAGGAACAGGGUGAGUAGGUAAAUAAAGACGUAGGCUUCUUUUUGUCUUUUAGAUGCUUGCGCUUCCCCCUUUUCUUUCUACUGCCCUGCCUUUAUUGUUAGCAGUUACAUAAAUGACCACAUACUCUGUACUUUGCUGUAAAUAAAGACUGAACAGAAAAGAACCCACUCUUGCCUUCUUUGUGGUGCUUGGGCAGGAGGAACAGUGGCUGAGGCCAGCGAGCUGAUGGGAAAGUAGCGCCUCCAGGCCUUCGCUGUGUGGAUACGGGCGCCAGCCUGCUGUCUCUAUGCCUGCCCUCCUGGGCUGCACCCAGGCCACCAUGGUGCACUUGUGCGUUUCUGCUCUGCUUCUGAAGCCAGGUCAAGGUCCCUGGGAGGCUUCUCUUCGCUGGCUCUGGCUGGCUCUGCUCCCUCUGAGGUCAUCCGGUUUGUGCAGUCUCCUCCCUCCCUGCCCUCCCUUCCCCAUCCCUUCCUCAGCUUUCACAAUAAAAGCCAGAACAAAACCUUCUAAAUAAAGAAAACUUUAUUGGGGUUGGGUGGAGGAAAUUUGACAUUAUGACAAUGGGAACAACUUCAAGUUGAAUACACAUACAUAUAUGUGUGUGUGAUUACCCUGCAUGACUCUAUCUAUUUAGUUUAUAGUCAUACAUCAAUCAAAUGCAGAUAAUCAUCUAUCUCUUGUUACUGAAAGAUCUAGGUCACCCACCGCUGAGGAUUUUAAAAUAAUUAAAGUAAUUGGCUUUUGUGCUCUUUGUAGCACCCCUUCCCCCCGGCCCUCCCUUUUCUCAGCUUCCCUUUCAUCCCUUCACCUGCUGCCUCCCAGGCACCAAAUGACCCUCAUUGAUGUGCAGAGUUGCCCUGCUAUUUCCAGCCACUUGUUCCAAGGACAGAGGCAAAUCCUUCAAGGAAUUCAGAUCCAAAAGAACUUGGAUUUAAGAGGAAUCCUUCCUCAGAAGGCCGCUGUGUUUUUACAUAACACUUAGGUGUGUAUUAUCAGGCUCGAUUAUUACCUGCAGGCAGAUGUAGAUGUGAGUCAUGGUUGUGCAAGCCACUUUAGCUGUGAUCCAGUUUGCUCUGUGCAUUGCUCUCACAUUUCCCCUAUCUGUGGACCACGUCUGGAGUUGGAUGCUUUGCUUGGGACUCUGCUCAUUUCUCAGAAUUCAGUUCUGCUUCCUUGUUGUAAUUUGAGGCACAGUUGUGCAGGCCAGUGAAGCCCUUGAGCGAUUUGCUUUGCCUCCCACCCGCCUGUCACAGCAUCCUUUGAGCCACUUUCUGCUCUGCAUCCUGGACUCACCCUUUUGACCAGUGAGUGCUGCUUUAAUCAAACCACAUUGGCUCAGACUGAAAGAAACCUGUUAGGACCUGCAUAAAACUUUUAAAGACAAGAGGUGGAGAAGGAGACCUAGGAUGUGGGAAAGCUUUGAGAGGAUGGGACCAUAGGGAUUGAUUUCUGUCAUCGUCUGGUGCUGGGGGAUGUUUAGAUUUCUAUUUUAAAGCAGAGUUUAAACACAUUUGCUAAAACCCAGAAUGAAGUUACCCUUCCUGCUAAAUCUUGGGCUAUACCUGCAUAUAUGCUUAUGUAUCUUUUCAAUUACACCGUGAACUAAAAUAACAAACUAGCCAACUGAAUCAAUUUGAGCUAGGACUAAAGAUUUAUCUAGACAUAUCUCCUCAGAUGAACGGACGGAGUUUAAGGGUGGGAGAACAUGAAACUGUGCCUUACACAAACUCAUUUUUCGCACAGUCCAAUCCAUGCUUGGCAUCCCCUUUUACAAUGAGGAUUUGCUGGGACUAGGUCAGUGGUGCCCGUGAUGCAGGGGAUGAAAAUGGCCUGGGGUUCACCACGGUGUUAAGUGCUGACUGCCCUGGGCCAGGGAAAGCCAGCCUGGCCUCUGCCUUACAAGCUCAUGUGCUUCAUGGGGUUUUAUCUGACAAGCCCAGGAUGCUCUCACUAAGGGAAUUAGAGUUGAGGAUAUUUCCAGAUUCCUCUUUAUCAGUGAGCACCAUGUACAACAUGUACUUUCUUUUCAGUUCUUGAAAUUUCCCAACUUUCCUGAUAACACCCACAUCAGACUUUUCCAGCCUUCAAACAGUCCUGCAAAGUAUGUAAGGAAUGUGGUCCUGCUCCAGUUCUACCGAGGAAGCAGGACAUGCUAUAGGAGGAGGCUGCCUGGUGCGUGUCUGCCAUCUAGUGGUGGAACUCAGUUCUCAACGGGGGUGGGGGGAUGCCUUGGGUUGCUGGACUAAUACUAUUUGCUUGGCUCUCACGGUUUCAAAGAGAAUGGUCAGAGGGCCUAGAAGUCUAACUACUGAUGUGAUUUCUUUUUUUUUUUUCUUUUUUUUCCUGGAAGAUCUUUAUUAAAGCCUUCACUAGGGCAGGUAGGAGCAUCAGCUCCUACUUCUUAGUUUCUCUGUUGCUGCAGUCUACUCUAGUGGUUCCCCAAGCUGGCCAUCAUCAUCACCGGGGCUUGAUAAAGACACUACUGUGAUCCACUCCUGAGAAUUCUGAUUCUGUAGGUCUAGGGAGAAGAUCUUUUAUAACAAACUACAGGUGAGUCAGAUGCAUAGGCAGAGUUGAAAACCCAGGACCUUGUGUAUUUAAUCACGUAGACCGUUUAAAUCUGUGAUGUUCACCAGCACUGGGGAGCCCAUUUCUCCCGGAAAUGUCAUCUGUGCUGUUUAAAGCCCUUCGCUGCCUGCAUGGGGACUGGAAAGGGGGAUUAAAGGCUUCUCAGAAGCUCAUUCAAGUCCAGCACUGACUCUUAGGUUGUAAGACACCCCCCACCACCCCCAAAACCCAGCACCAGGGGACACUAAACUACGGCUGCAUGUCUGCCCUGGGAAAGUUCCUAAGAUGUCCUGGGAGCAGGGCAAGCUUUUAGAAGUCAUCUAGUCCAGUGCCUUCAAGCAUGCUUUUAGUCAUGGAGCCCUUCAUGAAGUCUUCCUUGAAGUCUAAUGUGGAAAGCAGAAAAGCAGCUUCUCCCUUGAGAAUUCUCAGGGUUUUCUUUGAAGCCAUUGAAGUCAAAGCCCUUCAUUUUACAGAUCAGGAAACUAGGGCCCAGAGGCAAAACAACUGGGUCCGGAUCCUACUACUCACUGGGCUGUAGGUCUGCAUUGGACUUGAUUUCAGGGUUUGAAACAAAAGUUCCUCCUCCUGUAGUCCUUUAGAGCUUCUCCAGGGCAGGCGUUGGCGGCAGAAGUUGGGGCGGACCACUGUCAUUGGACUGAUUCUUUUUGGCAGCUACAGGAAGAAGGACCUGGGUGGGUGGAGGGCAGGAGAAUGAAGAGAGAGAAUCGAACAUCUCUUAAAAAUUAUAUUUGGUUUGUUGGGGGUCAGCUGAGUUCUGUAAAAGGGAUUCCACCUUCUGCUCAAUGAUUUCAGUGUUGUCUGGCUUCAAGUCAAAGGGAGACUUCAAGCCUGUUGGGCGAAAUCACUGUGGAGUUGACAGAUCUAGUUUAAAUGUUGACUCUUUCACGUAACGGCUGUGUGGUCUUGUGCAGGCUGUACUCUAGGGAUAAGGACCCCUGCUUUGCUCAGUGUUGAAUGAGAGCUUGUACACAGGCAGGACUGCCUGCAUGUAAAGUGUCCAGGGAGUGGCGGCUGUCCUUAUACUCUUAGUAAUUGGAUUGCAGUGGGUGAGACUGAGUUCCUAGAAGGCUUUUUCUUAGUAGCUCAGGGCAUCUGGGAGAGGCUGGCUGGCUUGGGGAAUAAUUCCUAAACCAGAUUUCUCUGUAGCUACUGCUGGAGCCCUGCCCCAGGGCUAAUCUCAGGGUUGCCAGAGGAGGGUUUAGCAAAACCACAAUAGGGUAUUUUGAUGCAAAGACCAACCCAAUAGGUUCAGAGAUUUAGCCCGCCCCCAGGGCUAUGAGCCUCCCAGGCUGAAACCCACCCAUUUCUGGCCCUCUUGUUGACCCUGACACCUCCCAGGGGUGUGUGAGGCUCAGAGAUGGGAGUUGGAUUCGGGGAUGGAAUAAGGAAGGAUACCUGUUGUACAUAUCAUUUAGUUAUUUUAAAUGGAUCCAAAUACUUGAUGAUGUGCUUUUUAGGACCUCAAAAUGGUGAAUAUCCAGAAGCCUUGGCACCAAAACAAAGGGGUCAGAUAUUUUGUUCUCUUGUUCUGUAGCUGAAGAUUCUGUCUGUGGGGCAAACAAGCUGAGGGGGCACUGGGCAUCUCCAGUGGGACAGCCUACGUUGUCCUAGCAGCCCCUUCAGGGUUAGGGGUCCCCCCUGGUACUCCAGCCGAUGAACGUGCCUUGUGUUUCUUGAUUAGGCUUUUCAGUCUUUUUUUGUGCCAUGGACCCCUCUAGCAGUCUAAGGACACCUGUCAGAAUAAUGUUUUUACACGUAUGAAAUAACAUCCAAAGAAAUUUAAGAAAAUAAAUUAUAUUGAAACACAGUUAUCAAAAUAUAAAAACAAAUCUGUGAUACGUGUGCUUCUUUAUUAACACAUCAAAUAACAAGAUUCAGUGGCAGAUCUAAUAACUACUACAUGGUAUCAUAGUGAUGAAACUAAAUCGUAUUUUGAAAUUCUGCGGCAACUGUAAGGUGUUAGGAACAUAACUCUGAUUUCUAUUGCUGCCAAACAAGUCCAAGUACAACUAAUGUUCAUUCCUGUGGUUUGUUUCCUACAUUCAUAAUGGAAGGAAAGGCUAAAAUUUCAAGUAGAGGCCAGUGAAAAUAAAGAUGUAAAUUUUAAAGAUCAUAGACUACCUGAAUUCUGCCCAAGGCUUCUGUCCUUAAUCCUCAGAUUAAGAAACACUGGUCUAGAUCCAAAUCUUCCAGGUCACCUGGUGACUAAGGUAGAUGAAUUUGUCUCUUUUUACUAUGUGUCUUGGGUUGAGUGAGUCAGGACCCAGCCAUGGCACUGGGCUUGUGUGACAGCUGUCUGAGUGCUGGCCAGUGGACACACAACGAGCAACCCUAGUGUAAUUGAAAAUGUUCUUGAAACCACACUUAAAAGAGUAAAAAAAAUUAAUUAAUUUUAACAUUAUAUUUUAUUUAACCCAGUAUAUCCAAAAUACCAUUAUUUCAACGUGUAAUCUAUGUAAAUAUUACUCAUGAGAUAUUUUGCAUUUUCUUUUUGUACAAAGUCUUUGUUAUCUAGUGCCUACCGCACACUCACAGCACAUCUUGAUUUGGACUGGGCACAUUUCAAGGGCUCAAUGGCUACAUGGCUAGUGGCUGCCUUAUUGGACAGUGCAGGUCAGUAUAGUUAGAAUUAUAUUGUGUCUGGGCCAGGCCAGGGCUCCCGUUAAAUACUCUCUUUUUACCAAAGUGGGUACUGAGGUCCAGAGAGAGGAAGUGACCUGCCCAAGGUCAUGGCUAGUUAACUAGAGAACCAGGCCUUGGUUAGACCUUUGUCUUGUGGGGCUUCUGCCUUUAUGUUACCCUUCAGGAAAGAUUACAUUUUUCCAGCCCUGGGUCCCGAAGGCCUUGAGUUCUUCAGGAGAGACCUAAGUGUUGGGAGUGCCCCCUCUGAAAGCCCAUGAAGAAGGCUAGGAAAACAGCCAAAGAGAGAAAAUCCCAGAGGAGUGAAGGGCUCAAGGGGAAUUCGGUGAUGACAGAAGUGGAGGGUCACCUCACAGCAGGAAGAACAUAUGUUUGUUCAGCAAUGGAUGAGGAUGAAAUGAACAAUUCAGAGUGGAGGGAAAUAAAAAGAAAACUGGUGAAAAGGAAUAUAAGGCAAAAUCUUUGAGAUGAUAUUGAAUAGAUGGGAACACAAAAAAUCCAUUUAUCGCACAGAGGUCCAAAGGAGGUGAUUAUGAAAUGGAAGGCAGAAAUGACUGGUAAUGAAAGGAGAAAAAGGGGAAAAUCCCAGAAUCUUCUAUUUUUUUCCUAAAUACAGAUAAGGGAAGACACCAGGGAACUGUCUUCACCUCAGCUCAGUCACUAGGUAGAGAUGCUGCAUGCUUGUCCACAGUACUGUCUGCGUGUGUAAAAAGUUGUCUUUCCUGCAUGGGGAGCUCCUUGAGAGCAUAGAACAUGUCUGGCUACUCUUAGUAUCCCAACCCAAUGCUUGGCAUGGCUUAGUUCUGCCACAGAGCAGGUGUUUGACAAACUUUUGAAAAACAAAGGGGAAUAAAUGAAUGAGGGCGGAGAGCUCUGCAUGCACUGUAAGAUGGGCACAGAGUCAGGGAACCUCAUCUGGUCUGAGCUUCCACUCUUUCCUUGGGAUGUUGGCAAGUCACAUCACUUCUCCUGCCAGGCCUCUCCAUCUGAGAAAUGAGAGACUCCUCUCUGCCCUCCUCAACUUAAUGGUUUAGUAGAUCAUGUGAAAGAACAGCUAUAACAUGAAUUAGAGCAAUAAAAGCUGUCAUACAAACAAAAAAGGUGUUAUUUAUUUUCAGUGGAAAGUGUAACUGGGCCAAAGUGGUAUUAAGAAAUGAUCAAGCUGGACUCAGACCAAUGUGUGGGUGAGGAAAAUAAGAUGUCUGUACAUAGCCAGAAAGGAGGUGAGAGCAGAUGAAAACAGCAAAGUGGAUUAAUGGAGUGAAAGCCUGCGUCAGCCACUCAGACAGCGUGGCUUUGGGGCAGUGUCCGUGAACCUGCAGGAAGCAUGAAGACAAUGUUUGUUUCUUUACCUCUGGUCAAAGUGUCAACCUGUCACAGGAUCUAACCUUCCCAAAGUCUGAGAAGUAGCUCCAACAUACCAAGCAUCAUUGAAAGAGGCUCUGUCAGUUAGGAUUAGGUUCAGUUGCAUAUAACAACAAAACAAACUAACGAAGCACCCCAAAUAAUUGGCUUUAAGCAAGGUAGUUAUUUUUCUCACAAAACAAGUCUAGGGACAGGAAGUUCAAGGCAAACAUGGUGGUUUCAUCAUGUUGUCAGGGACUCAGGCCUCUGUUUCUAUUAUCAGCACUUGGUUUAUAUUUUCAAGAUUACUUUGUGUUCCAAAAAGGCUGCUAGAGCUCCAGUCAACAGGUUUGCAUUCCAUACAGAAGGAGGAAAAGAAGCACAUGGCUUAUUCUUGUUAAGAAAGACUUUUCAGAAGUACCACACACUUCUGCUCAUAUCUCAUUGGCCAGAACUUAGCCUAUGUCCGUAUCUGCGUGCUAAGGAGAUUAAGAAAUGUGGUCUUUUAGCUGAGUCACUCCUACUCUGAGUAAAAUAGAAAUGUGCAAAGAUAAUAUAAGCAAAAAAACAAUCAAACAUGACAAGUUCUCAAUAAAUGAUAGCUGUUAAUGUAAUUUUUUGUUUUGUUUUUUAAAAAAGUUAUGAGGGUAUAAGUGACAUAAGCUGCACAUAUUUAAAGUUUAUUAUAAGUGACAGAAACUGCACAUAUUUAAAGUUUACAAUUAGAUAAAAUUUGACAUAUGUAUAUAUUCAUGAAACCAUCAUCACAAUCAAGAUAGUAAAUAUAUCCAUCAUUCCCUGAAGUUUCCUCAUAAGCGUCCUUCCUCCUCUUCCCCCAAGUAACUAUUGAUUGGCUUUCUCACUAUAGACUAUUCUGUAUUUUCUAGAAUUUUAUAUAAGUGGAGUCACACACUAUGUACUCCUUUUUCUUGGUCUGGCUUUUUCACUCAGCAUAAUUUUGAUAUGGAUCCAUGUUGUGUAUAUCAAAUUUUUGCCCUUUCUGUUUGUUUUCUUAUUGAAUUUUGACAGUUCUUUAUAUGUUUUGAAUACACAUCCUUUUUAAAUAUGUGCUUUGUAAGUACAGUUGACCCUUGAACAACAUGGGUUUGAACUGUGCGGGUCCACUUAUAUGUGGAUAUUUUUCCCCAUAAAUACAUAUCAAAGUAUUACAAGAUUCCCCAGUUGGUUGAAUCCACAGAUGCGGAACACUGUAUGUGGAGGGCUGACUAUAAGGCAAUACAUGGGUUUUUGACUGCGUGGAGGGUUGGUGCCCCUAACCCCUGUGUUAUUCAAGGUCAAUUGUAUUUUCUCCUUUUCUGUGGUUUGUCUGUUCUAUGACAGUGUCAUUUCAAGAGCUAAUGUUAAAAAUUUGAUGGUCUGAUUUAUCAAAAAAUUUUUAUUGAUUACACUUUUUGAGUCAUAUCUAAGAAAUUUUUGUGUAAUCCAAUGUCACAAAAUUUUUCUCCUGGGUUGUCUUCUAGAAAUUUUACAGUUUUAGGUUUUACAUUUAGGUCUGUGAUCCAUUUUGAGUUAAUUUUUGUUUAUGGUGUGAGGUAUAGAUGGAAGUUCAUUAUUUUGCAUGUGACAUCCAUUUUUCAACAGCACCACUGUUGAAGACUCUCUUCCAUUGAAUUGUCUUUGUACCUUUGCAAAAAAAUCAGCUGUUCAUAUUUGUGUGUCUGUUUCUGGACUCUCUGCUCCACUGAUCUAUUCGUCUAUUUGAUGUCAAUACCACAUUGUCUUGAUGACUGUAGCUUUAUAAUAAGCCUUGAAAUCAGGUAGUAUAAGCCCUUCAAUUUUGUUCAUUUUCAAAAUUGUUUUGGCUAUUCUAGGUCCUUUGCAUUUCUAUAUGAAUUUUAGAGUCAGCUUGUCAAUUUUCACAAAAUGUCCUGUUGGGACCUUAAUUGGGAUGGCAUUGGAGACUCAGAUUAGUUUGGGGAGAACUGACAUCUUAACAAUGUUUUGUUUUUUGACUGUCAAUGCAAGUAAUCAAUAAACAAUCUAUGAUAGGAAUAGAAAAGAGUUUUAUUUGAGCCAAGUUGAGGACUAUAGCCUGGGAGACACAGAUUCAAGAAGCACUUGAAUUGUAUUCUGUGGACUACAAAAUGGGGGAGGCUUAUACAGGCAAAAACCGCAAAGUUAUAUAAAUUGUUUGUCAAGACUUGGGAUUGGAGCUGGUAAGUAGUAAGGGUGCUUAUUAAGCAAGGAUUGAUUGGGAUCCGAAAUGGUCACAUAGUUACAAGAUUGCAGCUGGAAGCUGCUAGCAAAUACUAUUUUGAAAACAACUGGUGGCAUCCUUGAGUUUGAUAGAGUUCAGAAAAUUUAAGUUCUCAGUGAUGCAGGAACAUGUCUGAAACCACAUCCACAGUGGCCAUCUGGCUCCAUUUUGAAUGCUUGAACCAGAGUUACUCCAUUUUGAUUUUUAAAUGAUCUUCAAUAUGUCAUCAUAACCUAUGAACAAGGUGUAUCUCUCCACUUAUUUUGCUCUUUGAUUUCUCUCAGCAAUACUUUGUAGUUUUCAGUUUACAGAUUUUGUACAUUUUUUAUCAGAUUUUUUCCUAUGUAUUUCAUAAUUUUUGGUGCUAUUGUAAAUAGUAUUUUUAAAAUUCUAAUUUCCAAUUGUCUGUUGCUAGCAUAUAGAAAUACUAUGGAUUUUUGUAUACUGGUUUUUUAUCUUGCAACCUUGCUAAACU